UAACUCACGAGACACCCUCCCAUUCCUCAGCAGGCUACCUGCCACACAGAGCCGGGGUGAACUGGAUAAACCGCUUUAGUUUGUAUUUGAAAUUAACAACCUAGGAGGCUUAUAGACGCCCUCUGUGCCUCGAAAUGAAAAUGUAUCGAGAUAUGAAGUGUGUAUUGGCUGUGGCGACGUCUGUUUCUAAACCUAAAAGCGGUCGUGCUGCCUUCAGAGACUCACUGUAAGAUAUACAAUGUAACCGUAUAUAUCAAAAUUAGCGCGGUUUAUUUGCUAAUGUUUUAUUUUAAACUGAAAAGUAGCUAACACAGAGCUAUGCUUUGCUACAGAGGCUUAUUACAUGUUGUAAGGGUUGUUGUACAGGUUUUUUUUUUUUUUUUUCAAAAAUGUAGGACUGUUUAAAGAAAAAAUGAAGUAACGUUAGGCCUAUCCACUACCACUACAAAUUCACAGCUAAUUAAAAGAAUACAUAAUGAUAGGCUAUAUAAUACAUUGCUUUAAGCUAACCCACUUACUUUUUAUUUUAGCUAACCGCCAUAGGCACAAGACACGAGAUAGACAUUGACUAUUAGCUAAUGGCGCUUCAAACUGUUUACUGAGAGCUUGUAACGGUGCUAAGUUUAGUCAAACAUAAACCAAAAAUGAAAAUACAAGACAGACUGUGGGACUACCUGGCAUGAGGUAUCAGUGUGGGUGAAGCUAUGGCGGCCUCUCGCGGCUCUUCUUUCAAGCUGCAGCUCGGUGGCAGAUAAGAGCGCGCGCUCCGUCUCACCCGCCUCAGAGGAAGAGCGGAUGCAAGCGGCGCAUCUCCAAAAAAGCUCGGAGCGCCGAGUGAGUAAGAGUUUAGCGAAAACAUCUCCGAGGAGCUGCGCAAAGUUGUCUGCGGAAAAGAAAAUUCUCCCAUAACAAGGGAAUCCGCCUCCCUCUCCGGCUGUACCAGUAUGAUGAAGGACUGCCUGCAGUUCCUCAUCGAGCCGGCCAAAAAGCUCAAGAUCCGACUCAAGGAGUCUCGUAAGCGAGUGAAACUUGAGAGGAAGGAGCCGCUGGUGGAGAGUCAGUUAUUUAUCAUGGAAUUGGCCCGAGAACUCAACAAAAUUUGCCAGAGGUCAAACAUCCUCGGCCACAUCUGGACCAGUGAGGACAUCUGGCCGGCCAGUGUGUGUCGCGAUUUCAUCGUGGAGUGGGCCGCUGUGUUGGAGAAGAGAGUACAGCCAAGGAUCAUCCUGUCUGACUACCAGCAUGAGAAACCACAGAAGAAAGACUGGAAGGGACACCUCCUCUGCAUGCUGGAGGCUGGGGGGGAGUGCGACAUGGGGCCCCAUAAAAGAGUCAUCAUGGACUGGACGCGGGGGAUUAAAAGCAGACCUCAGCCCACCGUGUGGCCGGGCGAGCCCGUGCUCAUGAUGCUGGACGACCUGGAGUUCCAGUGGAAGAGGGGCCGUCUCCCCAACCUGCUCCCAGCCGUGGAGCUCGUCAUGCUGGCCGUGAUGAACGCCGACAGCCCCGUGAAGGAGGACGUGACUAAGCAAUGGCUGGUGAGGAAGCAGAGGAGCCAGAAGAUCGACGCCGUCCGCUACAUCCCCCACAGUGUGUGGAAUUGGAUUUGCGAUGCUGCAGAGGACGUCACUCUGGACUCUGACUCGGCCAACGCAGACCUGCUCAUCUCUGGUGACGACAAGCGCAUGCGCUACGGCCUGGAGCGGCGUGAGGUCCCGCGAUGCCGGCGCCGCUUCGACGGCUGGUGGUGCGCCGCGGGCCGGGAGGGCUACGCCUCCGGACGCCACUACUGGGAGGUGGAGGUGGGCGAGCGGGACUGGCGGCUGGGCGUGGCCAAGGUAUCCGCGAAGAGGCAGGGCUUCCGCUCGCUCACCACCGACACGGGCUACCUGACGCUGCGGCUGGAGAGGGGCAUGGAUCUUAAAGCCCUGACGGUGCCCGCCGCCCCGCUGCCGCGGAGCCUGGUGCCCCGGAGAGUAGGGGUGUACCUGGACUAUGAGCUGGGCCAGCUGUCCUUCUACGACGCGGAGAAGCGCUCCCACCUGUACACCUACAACGAGAAGUUCACAGAGGAACUGUACCCCGUGUUCGGCACUGUGGAGGUGGUCAAAGACCUGGUGAUAAGGCCUGCGGACGUCAGACAGCCGUGCCUCUGCCCCGGGCCCUGCCUCUGGAACUGAACCGCUCAACACACACACACACACACACACACAUAACGUCCUCAGUCCUGAUCCUCAGCAGCCCGCAGAGUCUGUGCUUUUAUUCUGGUCCGGUGUCGUGAUUUUUGAACCUCAUGUACUGGUUCUGGACUCAAGGUCGGACUCCUCCUGCAGGGGUCACCGUGUGAGGUCACACAGGGACGAGAACCACCAUCAUUCUGCACUUUCUGUUACUCUGCUUUCAUGGAGACACACAGUGUUUGACUAUUUGUAUUGUACGGAUGAAAAGUCUUUUCCUCACUGUCCAAUGAGCUUUGAGAGGGUUUAGAAGCCAUCAACCCAAAAGUUCUCAUACCCACAAUGCAGAUAUGGAUGUUUUUUUAAUUACUUUUUUUAAUUACCUAAAGCUGAAACUUGCAAACUAGCUUCACAAAUGUUAUAAAAGCAUGACGGCACUGUGAUAGGAUGUGCCACCAGCUACAUAGAGCUUCAGUGCAGUGAAACGGUGGGCUUGCUAACGUGCAACAGGCAGAUAAUUACAGACUGGGUUGAUGCAUGCGAUGAGUUAAGUCUCGCUCUGUUUGCUUCUUUGUCUCCUGUAUUAUUAAGAUGCCCCCCCCAAAGAAAAUAAAUGAAAUGCAAAUGCUCCAACUUGUCGUCAGUGGUCACAGAUGCAGAUCUAGAGAACCAAUCAAAUGUUCAACAAAUGUAUUUGUUUCAAAUCUUUAUUCUGCAAUAAA